CGCAACGGAACCGACUCGGCAGAAGCCCAUCUGGUGUGUCUUUUGAUGUCUAAGGAAGCUCGUUUUCUUCUCCCCUAUUUUUUCUUCUGUUGACCUCACGCCUCCAGUCGCGCUUAAGUGCCUGCCGUAAGCACACGGUUUCCUGUGACAUGGCUUCGGCGAAAAAAGUCACCUCGUCGCCCGCCUGCUUUUGCCUGCGAGCGUACAGACACUCCAGCGAGACUGUUCGGACUGCCUGUUUCAACGCGAUGCGUGCUUCCCCAGAUGCAUGGCUUUUCUGUUUCGGGCCUCUUCUCCAGAUGAAGCUCGUCAAUUUCUCUCUUCGUCUAGGAGGACUGCGAGAAGCCGGAACUAGCGACCUCCAGCUCCUCUCACCGUCUCACUAUCGUCGGUAACCGCUCUUCCACUUUCGCCUGAAAGCCGUUCAACGUUGGCCUGUCCUCACAACCUCUCUGACAGAAGCAUGGGAUGCAGCGGAGGCUCCACGCAUGCGAAUUUCGGUCGACAGCUGAUCGCUCUGUCGCCUGCGCGCCCUUCGUCGUGGAUGCUAGUGAACAGAAAUGCUUUGCUUCACACGAACGAGAAAUCCGUUCAGAGGAGACGACCCGCUUGGUUGCUGCAGGGAGGCUCUCGCUACCGGGAAGGUGCAUCGCCACGGCGAGCCUCUCGGGUGUACGUACACCCUGCGUGUUCCUCUCUGCGGUGACGCCCUCUCUAGCUGACGUUUCCGUUGUGUAUUACGUUCUCUGUCCAGAGCUUCAUAACGUGCGGUUCCUCAACUUGGGUCAAGUUGUGUGUUUCGGUGUCUUUUUUCCGUCGAGAAAGUCCGUUUUCUCUCCACUACGCCUGUGUCUCUCUCCUCGUGUCUCGUCUGCUUGUCUGGUUUCACUGCUUACUCUGUCCUCACCUUCCUUUCUUUGCAGUUCCACUUUUCCUGUUCCUUCCCUGUUUCGCCGUGCCUCUCGUCUCGCUUCUUCCUCGGCUGGAACCGGAGCGUUUCUUUCUUCAGGCGCCCUCACAGUUUGAAGACUCCUGGACUUCCUCCUUCCACUUGGCCUCUUCUUCUGUUUCCUUCGUUGCUAUCUCCACGGGGCCCCAUCUUUGCUUCUCCGGUAUAGUCUCACUGUCUCGCGGUUUUCUCUCUCUCCCUCUCCGUCCCUCCCAUUCCCCCCUGCCCCGGCUCCUUUUGCCGAGCGUCUGUUGGCAGCAGUUCCUCUUCAGAAUCUCCUUUAUGGAGAUCUGCUCACCUCGCCCGUUCCAUCCCCGCCUUCCGUUCUCUGCCAUCUUCAACCGCGAUGGAGACGCGCGAAGGCGGGGACUGGGGCUCGCUGCCUCCUGCUGGCCUGGAGACGGAACGAGCGAGACAGGAGAGGGAAGAAGAGAAGAAGCGGAUUCUGGAGGAGAUCCUCCAGCAAGACUUGUCUGACGAUGAGGAGUUCGACCGGCUUAUACUCGGCAACUCGCGGUCCCAUGCAGAUCGAGAUGGCAACGGUCGCCAGAGCAGUGGAGGGCUGGCGACGGCUUCCUCGCAAGCCGGUGCUGGGGAGUCAGCGGCACUGGCAAACUUCGCCGACAAAGAGUGGGCAGAAGGCGGAGGAGGAGGGCAGAGGCAAGGGACGGCGACGCACUGUUCUGAGGUGUCUGUACACCCCACACAGCCUUCCAGCCCUGCGCAGGCACUGGGCUUGUCCGGCCGCGUUGACGCAGAGGCGCGAGCUCCGGAAGAGCCGAUUUCCAUGUCUCAUUCCUCUCCGGGUGUCGCAGGGUGUCAGAAGGAGAAGGAAGCGACAGGCGGAGAGAGCGACGUCUCGGCUGGAAGGUUGGCGAGGACGACAAGAACUGUCGAGGAAAUCUUGAAUGCCAUCGAGGAGGAAGAAGAGGAAGACUGGCUCAGGACUCUUCUUCCGCGGUCCUCGCAUGCAGAGACUUCGUGUAACGCCUUGGCUGGAGGUGCCUUCUCCCCUUCAGAUAGAGAGACGCUUCUACCUGCAAGAGGCCGCGAAAGGAGAGAAGAUGACAGAGACCCAGGAAGAAGGCCGUUUUCGCAGCUUCCGGUCCAGGUUCCGCGCCCCGAUUUCUCGCACCCACAGUGUGCAAGUCGUACUUCGCAAGCGCCCGGCGAAGCACCUUUGGUGGGCGACGCGUACUCUUUGAGGAAGGAGAACGUGGAAGCUCGCUAUCAGGCUGCAAGGCUCCGGAAGAAAGCAGUUUCGUCGUUCUCCUCGCUCUCACCCUCUGACAGGGCCUCGAAAACGCGUCGGUCCUCGACGAAGACAGAGACAUCAGAUUCGUCUUCUUCUCUUUCGCGUACCUCCGGCUCUCGCUCUUGGUCGAGGUCCUCCUCACAACUGUCAGACAGCGAGGCGUCUUCGCCGUCGGAUGAGCCUCUGAGGCUGGCUUCUGCGCGUCGAAGAAGAAAAGGGCAAGCGCGACGCACAGGAGGUCUGCUUCCUUCCAUCAGGUCCCGAUUUCUUCCUUCUUCUCGCGUCGCGUCUCUUCGCCUCCUCACAGACGCGCCCCUCCAGUGGACCUGCCGGGAGCAUGCAGUCACCUGGGGUGGGCAAGCGGCGCUCGCGGCGGCUCUCGCCCUGGCCAAGGAAGGCGACGGAGACAAAGGAAAAGACGAGAAAAAGAGGAAGAAAGGAAUCUUUUUCGGGCGACGAGAGGGGGACGCUGACUUCGAUUCGUGGCCAAGAAGGCCGAGGCGAGGCCAGGGAAGACGUGAAGCAAAAGAUCGCAGAAGAACAAUCAUUCCAGAGCCUCUCGAACAAGCGGCCGUCGACCGGCUCCUCCCAGCGGCGCUAGCCUCUGACGACAGGCCCCAGCUCGAGCGCGGGAGAGAUACAUGGGGCAAAGAAACUGGAACGCAUGAAACUCUGGAAAGUCCUCUCACGAGGCAAACUGAAGAAAACCGAGCUGCUGAGGAAGUACACACCGUCCAGGCUCCAAGACACACCGCCAUGGGGCCUUUCGAUGCCGUCGCCCAAGGCUUCGCUUCGCUUCAGUCUCUGGUGGCGUCUGUGGGUCUUCCCACAUGCUUCGACAGUUCACAGAGUCUGUUGGCGAUCGGGACUUCUCGGGGCUUUGCGCUUCUCGUCGACGUGCAUGCGUUGCCAGUGGCCCCUGACCCAGAUUCGCGGCAGAGCUUCUUCGCCUCGUUCUUCUCUUCUCCCGAGGCCUUUCCGCUCUUCCUUCCGCCGCCUGCACAGCCGCCGCGUGCGUCUCCUUCCGCUUCUUCCUCCGCUUCGAGUGGCAGUCUUGCCCCUGCGUCUUUCCUCUCGUUAAGUCUCGGAGAGAUUUCGGCGACGGGCGCACCUGAAGAAGAAAAACUGGGGGCUGUAUCCUCGAUCUCCCUCGCAGACUCCCUCCGCUUUCUCCUCGUCGGCUACAAAAGCGGCGCGGUCGCGCUGUACGAGAUCCACCCCACGAAGGCGCAGCGCCAGCAGGUACCGCCCGGGUGUACGUACACCCCAGCGAACCCGAGAGAGGGAGGGGACGCAGAGGCCCUCCUGGCAGCGAAGGCCGAGCAGAGUGUGCCUUUGCUGCGCGGGUACCAGGCGUCGCUGCUGGCGUUGUCGAAGGAGGGCGGCAGUGUCUCCUUGACGUCUUCUGCAGAGUCGGAGCAGGCAAGAGGCAGCGAAGCCUGCAGCAGAGGCCACAGGGGACCCCAGGCGUCGAGCAACGCAUGCGCGGACACGAAGAAGGAGAACAAGAGCAGCAGCGUCUGCUGUCUCCGUUUCAUCUCGCUCGGGGGUCGUGGAGAGCCAGGCGGGCGCGGAGCGUCGAGUCAAGGCGGGGCCUCGGGCUCCAGUCCCGCGGCGUCAUACGGCGCAAGCGUGUGGCCAGUGCCAUCCCUGGGGCGCUCGAGUGUGCUGCCCUCGGGGGCGCUCGCGGUCGCACUCGCCGCGGACGAGCGUGGAGACUUGUUUGUGCUUUCCUUCCAGAAGGCUUUUCUGUCGGUUGCAUGCGACCGACGCUUCGUCACCCCGGGGAUCCAGACUCUCGGCGCGAUCCUCGACAUUCGCGUCUUGCCUCCGCCUCCCGCGCCGGCCGCCUCGGCCUGGGGCAUUCCUGGGCCCUCUGCGCCCGCCUCCAGGGGCUCCGCCCUCGAGCGGGGCCUCCGUGCGCUCCCCCUGUUAGGACGCGGGGUUCCGGGGGACGAGCAGGCCUCCGCCAGGCCGAACUGGGGGGAAGAAACGGCCUCGGCGCCCGAGGCGGCCUCUCGCCUUGCCCAUCCUGCGGACGAAGCUCAAGUCGUCGCGGUUGCAUGCAGCAACGCGGUUUUGCUUCUCGCGUUGCUACCUCAGCCUUCCCUCGUUUUCCGCCUCGACCUGCUCUCCGGGUCUCUGCGAGUCGCGCUCCCGGGGUCGGGCUCCAAAGCACCCGCCGAGGGUGUGAGCAGCGCUGCGCCACACGAAGAGCCACCGCCGUACGGUCGCCAGGCGCCGCGCCAGGCGGAGCCCAGAAGCUUGUGCUCUUCUUCCUUCUCCUCGGUCGAGUCUGGGGCCUUCCAGGUGUUGGAGGGCGAGGCCCGGCGAGAGGCGCGGCUCGGCAGAACUCGAGACGAACGCAAGAGUGAAGAAGACGCGAGCCCAGGCGCGAAGCAGUUGCAGCAGACUGCGCUUCCAGACCUGCCGUGCAUCGCUUGGCUUCGAGCGGCAGUUCACCGGAAGCGCUUCUUCGACGACCCUGUUGUCGCCGUCGGGCUCUCCAAUGAGGUCCGACUCUUCGCCGUUCGCACCCCACGCGGCCCGCGUCUGGGAGCAGGCGGAGCCGCAGAACAGCCCGCAGAGGGGAACAAGGCCCUCUUUGUCGAGCCUGGAAGCCGAAUCUUCUCCUUCGAACACCGCAUCCAGAGUCUCCAGGGGAUCGGGGACUCCAUCCUCUGCAUCAUGAACUCCGUAAACGUGCUCGGCUUCUUCCAACUGGUACAGAGGCCGUCGCCUACCAUUUCUUCAUCUUCUUCCUCCACUUUUUCGUUUGUCGAGUUGAUGCUUCUGCAGCAAGUGGAUGUGUCUCUGGCCAAUCCGGUGUACUACCGUUUCACAGACGUGAGCCUCAUUAGUCAGUUGGUGCGUCAGCAGCGCGAGAAACAGCGAGAAGAGCGGCCGGCUUCUCCUGCGUCUCUUUCCGGAACUCACGGGGGCUGGGCCUGGGGACUCUUGGGCGGCGAGAAAGGCGCGCGACACCGGCUGCUGUUCGGGGCCAAGAGGCCGGGCGACGCCGGGGCUCGCGCCCGCGAGGCCGAGGAGGCGCAUGCAGGCAAAUCGGACGCGUGCGGCCAGGCCGAGGUCGCGCCAGAGGCCCUGCCGGUCUUCGCGGCCUCCUACGCGAACUCCCUGUCUCUAGGCUACGGCGGUGUUUCUCGCGAGAAGACCUUGCUUGCAGACAUUUUUUUUUCUGGUGAAGAUGCGGACGGAGGCGACACAGGCGCACGCAGAGAGAGGAGAAGAUGUCCGGGAGACGAAGGCGCCACAGAGGUUUGGGUCGUCGGACUCGAGGGCCUCGUCGUCGUUCGUCUUCGCUCGUGGCUGGAGAUUAUCGAGGAGCUUUUGGAGGGAGGCAGAGGCCUCGAGGUUCUCUCUGUGAUCAAGUGUCUCUACGACGGUCGUCUGCCUCCGCUCUGCUCGUUUUCUUCGAACUUUCUCGUUCGGAAGCAGGCUGCCGCUCUCUCUUUCUUGGCGUCGUCGCUUCUUCGCUCCUUCUGUCUCUCCACCUUGAGGAACCGGCGCAUUCUCUCCUCUCUCCUCCUUUCUCUCCUUCCUUCUCUCUCCCCUUUCCUCCCGUCUUCAGAGGCAGCUUCCCUCGCGUCUCCUCCGGGCGACCUUCUGUGGCUGGCGCUGGUGCGUCUUCUCGCCUUCUGCGCCUUCGAGCUGACGGUGAAACUCCAGCUGUAUCCGCUGCUCAACGGCGUGAUGUUUCGUUCCUUCUGGAAGCUUCUGGAUGAACUGGACGGCGCCGACGAGCGCGGGUCUCCCCAAGACGGCUCCGCAAGCAAAGACGAACCGAGCGAUGCGGCGUCUCUUCUUCCUCCCGGUGUCUCUCUUGGCGACAGUCUUCGACAAAUCUUCUUCUCUCUCCUCGUCCGGUACCUGGUCCUCGGCAAACUCCCGCCCGGCGCUCUCGACCCGGGGGUCUUCACAUCUCUCUUCCCGCACUUCGAGGCUCAGCUUGAGCUCGCUGUUCAAGCCUUAGAGCGCGACGAGGACGCAGAAGAGACACAGAAAGCUCUGGAAGCAGAAGACGGCAAACGGGGCGACAGAAACGAAGGCGACACAGACGUAAAAGACAGAACAGACGUCGAGAGGAAGGAAGAGAAGGACGGCGAGGGCCGCGAGGACGAAGAAGCUGGAAAAGGCAGGCCUUUCCCCAGUCGCCUGCUGUGGGCCCUGACGAGACUUGUGGGGGCGGAUGCGGCAGCGGAAGAGAGUCUUCUUGCUUCUCUGUUGGAAGUGGAGAGAGCCGGGAGACUUUCGGGGAGUCUACAAACUGGAGACAGAACAAGAGAAGUGCUCGAGAUGAAAGACGGCGAAGGUCCACGCGCCACUGAACAGGAAAACGGUACCUCACGCAUGCAACUGGCUACCGAUGAAGGUCACGCGUGCAGAGAGCGGUUCUCCCUCCUGCCUCAGCUGUACGUACACCUCACUGAAGCGGAGGGUCCAGCGAACGGGAAGGCCAGGCCCGCCGGGCGAAGGGUGGAGCAGCGGCUCAGACGAAAUUUGCUAAAGUAUCGCCUCCUUCGGCAGCUUCUUCAGUUCGUGCUCAUGCGUCUCUUUGGGGUUCCAAUGAGACAGCAAGUAGACGAAAUUCCUGCUGACGGCAAAGAAGUGGAGGGCGCCUUUCUCUGCGACGAGUCCGCCGAAGGAGAACUCCCUGCCGAAGGCGCGAAUCUUGCCGGCGCAGUCGACCUCCUCCAGGUUCUCCAGCUCGUGUCUGUACACCGCAUGUGGCUUGGUGUAUGUUUGACCUACAGCAGAGCCUUUGCGGAUUUCCGCACACCGGUCGAGCUGCUGAUGGGCGACGCGUAUCGCCUGCAACACGUGAUCUUCAAGAAGUUCAUUCUUUGGCUUCAGACAGCUUUGUCGUCCUCUUCUGCGGCUUCUGGAACGAGCGAGAAACCGCAGGGCGAGGCCACGGAUCUCGGACCUGGAGACAAUUCGGCGGCGUGUGUGGGGUCCGUGGGGGCGCUUCCCCUCUUUGUCCCUCCGAGGGAUGUUGCAAAUCUCCGCGCGACUCGCGAGUUGUUUUUUUUCCUUUACUCGGUGUCUCUGGAUCUGCCGUAUCCGCUGCAUGCAGGUGGAAGUCGCAGAGCGUCUUCCUUUCUUGUCGCCUCCGACCCUGUGUUGAAUGCUAACCAACUUCCCUCUGGGCCUCAGCCUGUGUCCUGCGCAGAGAAGCGCGCUGUCGACCUCCUUUGGCGAGAAGGCAGCUGCUGCGGCCUCGUCCACCAGGUGUACGUACAGCGCGCGGCAGGGCCCGCGACGCCUCCUUUUCACCGGCAGGCUUUCUCUCCCGGCCUCUGCAGCGUUCUUGAGUACGUGUUUCGGCGGCCCUCGGUGACAUACGAGUCUCUAAAGAGACGCCUAGAUUUUCUUUUCUCGACGCCUUCUAGCGGCCGCCCCGUCCACCGCGUAGCUGUCGAGGCAGAGGGCGAAGAACCGCAACAGCUGGAGCCUCCGGGGUGGGCCUCGCCGCAGAUUUUCAAGCGGCUUUUCAUGAUGGCUCCCCGCAUGGUCUUCCAGCUCUUCUCUGCGCUUCUCCUCGCCCAUGCAGCGAGCCGACCUGCCUCGCCUGCGGCUCUAGGGCUCUCUGACUCUGCCUCUCACGCUCACUCUGCAGAGGACGAACCGCGUAGGGAAGGCGAGCGCGAUAACGGAGAGAAAGAGGAUGACACUCUCUCUCUGAUAAAUUUGCUUCUGCCGGCUGCUGCAGACUGUAUCGUGGACGCUGCAGCUCAGCAUAAGGCAUACGCGGCGGCCCUCGAUUCCCUCGCAGCAGUGCACACAGGCCCAGCCAAAGGCGACAGAGGCGCUGCGCGUCUGUCGUCUUCUGGAGCUUCUUGUUUGCCGUCCGGUGGAGGUUUCUCGCUCGCGUCUCCGUUUGCGAAAGGAGUGGCGUCUCUGAGGCAGCUGACUGACGAGCUGCGGGAGACGGUACGCGAGAUGCACGGCGUUCUGUGGAGGUUGUUGCUUGUCGGAUUCUUCGCUAUGCGUGGCUGGCUGCCUCCUGUCUCUUCUCUGCGGCGCGCGCUUCUCCGCUUUCUCGUAUUUGACAUCCCCCCGACUCUGUCGCUCCUGCGACUUCUGGUCAGCCAGCCCCUCGCCGAGCUAGAGGAGAAGCAACUGUCUUCCCUGCUUCUCACGACGCCUGAACGUAGCGACACCGUUUCGCCAGACGUCCGGCCAGACCCAGACUCUCUCCAAGACCCACACAGAGCUUCUUCCUCUUCGUCUCCCCCCUGUUCUCCCUCUUAUUCUUCUUGUUCGCGCUGCGGCUCUUGGAGCGCUUGGGAUCGAGAGACGGUGCUCCUGGCCGUGUUGAAUCGCGAGGCUGAAGAGGCCCAGCAGUGGGCGCGUCGCUGGAGAGAGGACGAGGGGCGAGAGGUCCGGAGAGCGUUGCGGCUCUACGCGAGCGACAAGGAGCUUCUGGCCUCUCGGGGAUUCCUCCGAGCUGCUGCUUUUCUCUACGAAGCUGAGAGAGACUACGACAGAUCGCUCGGCCUCUGGAUCCGCGCUGGAGCCCUACGGCCUGGAGCGGCCGGCGCGGAGUCCCCGCAGGGCCCCAGCGACGCCGUGGGCCGAGGAGGAGACACCGGAGAGAGAGGCGAUUCAGAUGGGGGUCGAGGCUCACACGAGGCAGAUUCGCCGCGCCAGAAGGGGGAGGGGCCAGACGAGGAAGGCGCGUUCGUCUACAUCCGUGCACUGCUUUGGGGGGCGAUUCCGUCGACCUCUGCGCUUCUCUCCAGAGACGAGAGAGAGAUGGAAAAGGGUGGAGACUCCAGCUUGAAGUGGCGCGUCGUCCUGCUCGACCUCCGCCGCUUCCUCCACGCAGUGUCUAGACACCUCCCGCAGCUCGUCGAGCUGAACUGCACAAAGAGUGCUCGGCUUAUAUGUGAGAUCUUCAGGGUGCAGCAGGCGCUCUCGGAGGCGGAGGCACGGGGUCCCGAGGGAGUGACGAGCGAGAAGGGGAAAGCGGCUUUCUCCGUCGAGGCCGGCCCUGCACUCUUUCGAAGUCCCAGUGCGAUCGUAGAUCUUCUCGACGCGCAUCCGAAACUCCAGCUGCAGUUCUUGGAGGCACUGAUGAGUCAGAGCGAGGAAGAGCCGACAAGCAGCUCUGGGAGCAGUUCCUUCUUCGUCUCGCUCGCAGAGCACAGAAGCUUCGUCCACAGCCAACUCGUACGAUACAUUCGCCUCCUUUGCCAGCUCGAGCCUCGGCGCGUGUGCCUCGUCCUGCAGCAGCAGGAGCGUCUGCCUCUCGCUGCCUGUCUCCGCGUCUGCGAGGAAUUUCAAGUUCUCGAUGCAUGCGCCUACCUCCUAGAGCGCACAGGCGACUUCCAGGGCAUUGUUCGCCUGUUCCAGCAGUCGUUUGCCCGAGGCUUGGACCGACUCCGGUCGCUCUUCCUCACUCCCGACUUUAGCAUUCUGCCGCUGCUGCGUGCUCUACUUCCUCGGUACCCUCCUAGUCACCCGAUCCACGGCCUCGCGAGUGCGUUCGGCGAGGACGGAAGAGCGUCUUCUCUCUUUCGCUCUUCCUCCGGUGCUGACGAAGACGGCCGAUGCUACCUCGCUCUUCACUCUUCGAGCAACGAAUCGGAGAAGUCCGGCGCGCGACUGCGAGCCGGAGCUGUGCAUGCAGCGCAUCCCGGCCUCGCCGACGCAGACAGGCUCCUGCCGAUGUUGCUGCCUUCAGGCGUCCGCGUCUCGCGUGGGGAGGACGUACACCCGGUCUUCGCACCCGCGCGCGAGGGUCCACCCGAGGAGCUCGCAGAUCUUCUUCCUUCUGUCUCUCGAGGACAUGGUGGCGAGGAGGGGGGACGCGCCUCGGUGGCUCCAGGCGCUGCUGGGGUGUACAGACGGGAGAGCGACGCGCGAAAGCGGGAGGCGAGGGUCCCGCAGGCUUUCGCCUUCGACGAGGAGCCGGGCAGACAGUCCUUCUGGUGGAGCGACAUGGAGGAUGUGGGGAGUCUGUUCGAACUCGUCGAAACCGCGAACUGGGUCAGCAGCCGGAACGCUCAUCUUCUCCAGAAGCAGCAACUCGAGGAUCUGUGGUUCGGUCUCCUCACUCUCGUCGUCCACGCACAACAGGCGUUUCCUCAACUUCUGAACUCGACGUCUUCUGCUUCUUCGUCGGAUGCUUCCGGUUCUGUCUCGACACUGCAGGGUGUCUCCGAAGCUGUUGAGCGGAGAGCAGAGCGAGGAGGCGCGGGAGCAGGCAGAGGGAAGGAUCGCAGGAAGGGGAUGCGCAAGACGCUCCGAGGCCUCCUCUACGAACUCGUUCUCUCUGAGCUCCUCUCGGCUAUUCUUCAUGCAGGCGUGAUGACUAUCGCCUCUUUGCCCGAAACGCUCAAGCGAAUCACCAAGACGCACCGGCACAUUCAACUCGCGGUCUUCAAGCGUCCUCUCGCGAGUAUGUUGAGUGGUUUGUCGUAUCAACAGACUUUGUUGGACGCGUAUUCUUCUUUAGCGAAUGCAGACACUUCGGCGUUGUUUAGCCGCGUGGAAGCCUCUCGCCGGCGGGGGAUUGUGAUCAAAGUUGUCUCUGCAGGCAACGCGGUCUCCUCUGCGCAUGCGACCUUGACCUGCUCUGCUUGUCACGGGCAUCUGCUGCUGCCUCCGCCGCCGGGGGUGCAUGCAUCGCUGCUCGCGAGCCGAGCUUCACGGUCGCUGACGUCUUCUCGGUUUUCCAGAAAGACGCUGCUUCAGGCCUCAGGAGCUGGCGGCGCGCAGGCCUACUAUGCGGCGACCUCCCGUGGCGACGGCGGGGAGCGGGUCUUCUGUCGGUCGCCAGAGAAAGAUCGACAGAGCGACCGACAAAGGAGCGCCAUCGCGGCCUUUCCCUGCGGUCAUCUCUUCCACUUUGCCUGUCUCCAGGAAGGCGACAAUCCUCUCGAAAUUUCUCCAUGCAGUGCGUGCGUCGCUCUCGACUUGGGCCUCGGGUGGUCGGCGCGAGACCCGCACCGAGCUCGGCUGUCCGCCAGAGGAACGUUCGAAGAGUGAAGAGCGUCGACGAAUCAAACGACUUUGCCCCAGGUGUGGGUCGAGUUGGGCAAGGUCAAUUCUUCUCGUUUUCCUCCCAAGAGACGCGGCGAAUCAGAGCAGCACUGAGAAGACAAAGGAGAGCUACACAGGGAAAAGGAGACGUCCAGGAGAACACGAGGCAGAGGGAACAGCGAGAGCGAACCAGCGAUAGGAAGCCGCAAGCUGCACAAGACAGAUCGAGAGGGCGGACAGGAAGUUGAGGCGAACAAGGGAGAGAAAUCCAAGAGUGGGGGAGAGCAAGAGAGAGCAAGAGAGAGAGAGGGACAUGAGCGAGGAAAAGAGACGGAAAACAUGAUGUGUAGGAGAUCAAGAGAAAAGGAGAAACAAGGGAGAAGCGUGAGCGAGAGAUGUACCUCCAAGUGCAUAUUUUUCGAAAUAGAUGUUCGAAAUCGAUGUUUCCAGACGUAUCUGUGGGAAGAACGGCUCGGAUGGAGCAAAGGCGUACGCAGUUUGAAUUUAGUGAGCAAAAGAAGAAAAGGAACGGAAAAUGGAGUUUUUGCUCGGCCGCCCGUAGGUUCGCUCGAGUGUCCAUACACCCCCGACGUGGGACAGAAACCGAAAGUCUCUCGCUGUGGGCGAGGGCGCCUGUACAUCUUGUGCUUGCAAGCUGAAGCGUUUCUUCUUCAGGGUCCAACUGACCGCGCAAGACGCCGACUAGUAUCUCUAACGCAUCCUUUCUGACUGGGUGUCUCCGUUACCUUUCUCGCGAUCCUUGUUUCUGGUCCCGAGAAAGUCAGGGCGCCCAGGCCCAGGUGGAUCCCGAGCGUGCUGUCUCACCUCCGGAAAUCUUUCCUGCGUCUAGUGCUCCUUUCUCCACUACCACGAAAUGCAUGCAUCAACGCAGUAAUUCUUAAGAUGUGGUACUCGCAUAAAGAUGAUGUAUUUAUCUAUCUAUCUAUCUAUAUAUAUAUAUAUAUAUAUAUAUAUCCGUACUUAUGCAUGAAUACUAAAGUAGAUACUUUGUAGAGAUGCCGUGUGUUUCUAUAGAAGCUUGUAUUCGUUAUCAUGUGGAUAGACGUAAAGUCGACGGUGGGCAGCAGCUGUAGAAAGGUCUCUUUUACGUUCACCAGAUAUGUCUCUUUGCUCUGAGAUUCCUUCACUUCCGCGAGCGUCGCGAAACUUCGGCUUCUCUCGAGGAAGCAGGAUUUUCAGUUUGGAACGGGUGGUCCUUGACAAACGAGUGCCGAAGAGAAGAAUAAGAAGAGUCUCAACAGUAGCAGUAGAUUCCUUUUCCCUCUGGAAGCACGCCCCGCGGACGCGGACCCGCCUCUAAAAAAGCAUGUGUAUGCAUGCGCAUCUUCGCUGAGUCGCUUUGCCACAGAUUCCAAACCUUUCGUUCCACUGCUUCGCAACGCGCGAUCCUGCACCCGCCGCCCUUGCUGUCUUGUUGGUAGUUUUCGCUUUUUCUUCUGCUUCCUUUU